AUGAGAGAAAUCAUCCAUAUAUCGACGGGCCAGUGUGGUAACCAGAUCGGUGCGGCGUUUUGGGAAACUAUUUGUGGCGAACAUGGUCUUGAUUUCAACGGAAAUUAUCAUGGUUUAGACGAUAUACAAAAAGCGCGUUUAAACGUGUAUUUCAACGAAGCUUCUUCCGGAAAAUGGGUUCCUCGUUCCGUCAACGUGGAUUUGGAACCAGGCACAAUCGAUGCGGUACGGAACUCGCGUAUCGGAAAUCUGUUCAGACCAGAUAACCACAUUUUUGGCCAAUCUUCUGCCGGUAAUGUGUGGGCCAAGGGCCACUACACAGAAGGUGCAGAGCUUGUAGACUCCGUGAUGGACGUGGUGCGUCGUGAGGCUGAAGGAUGUGACUCGUUGCAGGGCUUCCAAAUCACACAUUCGCUAGGUGGUGGUACUGGAUCCGGUAUGGGUACGUUGCUGAUUUCCAAGAUCAGAGAAGAAUUUCCUGACCGUAUGAUGGCUACAUUUUCCGUGGUCCCAUCGCCCAAAACUUCAGACACCGUUGUAGAACCCUACAAUGCCACUUUGUCUGUGCACCAGCUCGUGGAACACUCUGACGAAACAUUCUGUAUCGACAAUGAAGCGCUAUACGAUAUUUGUCAAAGAACUCUGAAACUAAGCCAGCCUUCCUACAGCGAUCUGAAUCAUUUGGUGUCGUCUGUGAUGUCUGGUGUUACCACAUCGCUACGUUAUCCAGGUCAAUUGAACUCGGACUUGAGAAAAUUGGCAGUCAACUUGGUCCCAUUCCCUCGUUUGCAUUUCUUCAUGGUCGGUUACGCUCCGCUAACAUCCAUUGGAUCCCAAUCUUUCAGAUCUCUAACAGUUCCAGAGCUAACGCAACAGAUGUUCGACGCCAAGAACAUGAUGGCUGCUUCAGACCCAAGAAACGGUAGAUACUUGACUGUUGCGGCGUUCUUUAGAGGUAAAGUGUCCGUGAAAGAAGUAGAGGAUGAAAUGCACAAGGUACAAACGCGUAACUCUUCGUAUUUCGUGGAAUGGAUUCCUAACAAUGUACAAACUGCUGUGUGUUCUGUUGCACCUAAGGAUCUCGACAUGGCCGCAACGUUUAUCGGUAACUCUACGUCUAUUCAGGAGCUGUUCAAGAGAGUCGGUGACCAAUUCGGUGCUAUGUUCAGAAGAAAGGCGUUUUUGCAUUGGUACACCAGCGAGGGUAUGGAAGAAAUUGAGUUUUCUGAAGCCGAGUCGAACAUGAACGAUCUCGUUAGCGAAUACCAGCAAUACCAAGAAGCUACAGUGGAGGACGACGAAGAGAUCGAAUACGCUGACGAGCAACCAAUACCCGAAAACUUCGAGUAA